AUGGAUAGGGAUUACAUAUAUGAAAAGCAAAAGGUGAAGGGACAGUCAUUUAUAGGCACAGCCAAAAUUAUUAUAUAGUACUUAAUAAAUGAUAUCAAGAAAAAGCCCAGAUCCUUCAAAAUCGGCAUAUUUUCAAUCUUUUUGGUCAUAGGUUUUAUAUCAGCGAUUGAAAGUGCGUUUUAAUUAAGUCCUGUUAUAUUUCUCACAAUCGGAGAAGAUUAAGCAGGAGAUGCAGAUAUAGUUUUAACACCUGUUUCUUUUCAAAACAGGACAUUUUUUGAGAAAAACAAGUUAAUAGAAGAAAGUUAGAAUAAUUAAUCUGCUUUUAGCUCUAUCAGAUUGAUUAAUUCAAGUCUUAUUAAUGAUAUUUGCGAAAAUGUAGAAGGAAUACAAGGAUGUUCUCCAAGAUGGCUUUUAUUGGCUGAUCUCUACAAUUCUAAUCCCGAAACUACUACCCACCAGAAAUUUAGAAGCUAUGUCAUUACAAUUGAUUCAGUUUAAGAAAGGAGCAUCGGAGUAGGAAGAAGAUUCAAAGGUGAUAUCUUAAAUGAAGGCGAGGCGUAUGUUACAGCUCCAACAAUGAGAGGAUUAAAUCUGAAAGAAGGAGAUAAAAUAACUUUGAAUAUUGAUAUGGUUGAAGCUAUACUUAAAAAUUAAAAUUUAUUACAGCUGAAAUUAAAAAAUUAAACUACAGAAGCAGUUUAUGAAGCAUUUUCAGAAGAAUUUAGGAAAAUUCUACUUUAAUCGUUCCCUAAUCUUAUGCAAAAUGAAGAGUAGGAAAUGCAUUUAGAUAAGCAACAAAUAGUGAGUAUAAUGAAUACUUUAAACAAAUAUUCGAAUACCAUGGAAAACUAAAACAAUAGGCAAGCAAUGUAUUUUGCAUUAUAAAUGUAUUUAGAAUAGUAAGGAAUUUCAACCGGAGAUUUAGAUAUAAUUAAGAUUUUAGAACCGUCAUUUUAAGAUGGAAGUAUUAAAAAAAUAGUUGAGUAAUUAACUAUAGAGUCAAAUAAUUUACCAGAAGACUUUCAUUUAAAUGUUACUGAAUUCUCUUAGCAAAUUACACCGGUAUUAAUGAAGGCCAUGAACUUCACUUAGGAUUUUAAAGUAGUUUUUUCAGUUGAAAGUACAAAAGGUAAAUGGGCAUCUGCUCUAGGAAAUACAAUAGUGAUAGAUUCUAAUUACAUACUACAGUCAGCUUGGCUUGGUAUUUCUUAGACUAUUAAGAAAUAAUUGGAUAAUCCAGAGCUUAUUUAGAAAAAUCCUUCCUUGAGCUUUAUUAAAAUCUUUUACAAUUAAUUCAAUUUAAAUAAUACUAUUUAUAGGAGAUUAGAAAAUCUUGAUCUGAAUCAAUAUGCUAUGUCUUCAAAUGUUAUUUUUAAAGAAAGAAUGCACAUUUACACAGGAAAAAAUUAAAUUUAAAAAAAUAUAGUUUAGUUAACUGAUAAAUUUGCAAAAUAAACAAAUGAUAUUCAUCCUGUAUAAAGUACUGCUCCUCUUUCUAUAGUAGUAAGUGGACUUCUCAUACUUAAAAUGUUUUUAGAUAAUAUGAUAGCAACAAGCAUAUUUUUACUUUUUAUGCUUGCAGUUUUGCUAAUUUAUUCUUUGAUGAUAUCUGAUGUUGAAGAGAAAACUUAUGAAUUUGGUAUGCUGAGAGCUCUUGGAUUCAAAAAAGUUAGCUUGGUUUAUUUGCUUAUAGCAGAGGGAUUAAUUUUCGCUUUUCCUGGUCUUGGACUUGGUUUACUUAUGGCCUAUUUGGUUAAUUCUAUUAUUGCAUUUGUGAUAUUUAAUAGGAGCAUGGUUGUCACUUCGUAUGAUUUGCACUGGAGUGCUGUGAUUCUUGCUUUGUGUUUAGGUAUUUUUAUCCCCUUACUUUCAGUUUACUUACCUAUUUAAAGAGCAAUGUCAAAAACUUUAAGGGAUAGCUUAGAUUUAUAUCAUAGAGUUAUUAACGAGAUUUCUGUUUCAGUCCAGAAAUUAGAGAGAUUGGGAAUAUCUUUCUCUUAAUUUAUUAACUCAAUAACUUUGAUUUUAACUGGUGUUGUUUGCUACUACUUUGCUCCAGCUGCUUUUGUGUAUUAAGAUUUAGCCUUAUUCUUGGCAAUUAUUAAUGUAGUGUUGAUUUUGAUGAUUAUUGGUUUCACUUUAUUGCUUAAUUUAGCUUAACCUCUUGUUGAGAGAAUGUAUGUCAAAUUAUUUUUAUGCUUCUUCAAAAGUUCUAAGCACCUAGAGUCCAUCAUCACUAAAAAUAUGGAGGGCCAUCGCAGAAGAAACGGCAAGACAGCUCUAAUGUACACAGUUGCUUUAAGCUUUUUGAUUUUUGCUGGAACAGGAUUUAAGUUAUAGAGUAAAUCUAUAGUGGAUAAUCUAAAGAGUUCUUUAGGCAGUGAUUUAAAGGUGCUAUUACUUAGAGACAAAAGAGGAUUGGAUGAAUUUGGAAUGAGAUAAUUCUUAGAUAGUUACAUGAAAGAGUUCCCUGAUCAUAUUUAGGCUUACUCGUUUAUUACUUUACCAAUUGAUUCAUUUCCAUAAAUGUCAAAACCUAAGUUCUCUUCUUUGAGCUAAUUCCCUACUAAUAGAAACUUACAGCUAAGAGGUAUAGAAAAGAACUAUUUGAGUAGUACCUUCUUAGAUUUUUAUUACCCUCAAGAAUUUGAUCCGAAAAUGGAAUUUCCGUAUCUUGAAAGUGAUUAAAGUGUAAUCGAUGCAGUUUAUGGUCUUUACACUGAUGAUGGAAUACAAAAACUGUAAAACAGUGUAGAUUUCUAUAAAGUAGGAUCUAAUUCAGAUAUUAGAGAUUAGAAUUUAAUGGGAGGUGGACAAAGUAAUGAAAAUAAAGAUUAAGAAGAUCCAAAUGAGCCAUUAAAAGGAUAAGAUGAUAAUGGUCCUAUAAACUAAAUAAGUAGACACAAAUUUGAAGACCAAGAAGUAAAGCUUAUCAUACCUUCAGGGCUACAUUAUAUAUCAAGUGUGGAUGUAAAUACUCCCUGCCUCUUGAACUUUGAAGGUAUAAAAUAUCGCUGCAGGAUCAGAAACACUUCCAGAAAAUUUCCUGGUUUUCGCUUUAGUUCAUACAGGCAAAUUUCAUUUUUUGGAGAGAUUUUAACGAGCAUAGAAUAAUUUAAAUAUUUGGUGGAUAGUUAUUAUUAUUACAGUGGAGAUGCAGAAGAAUAAGACGUAAAAGAGUUCUUUUCUUAAGUGAUGCCAAACAGCACAUAUGGUAUUCCAAAGAGUUCUUUAAACAUACAAUUUAAAUAAAAUCUGAGUCAAAAGUAAAGAGAAAUUAUUGGAAAUGGACUAAGGAACUACUUUAAAUCAGAUUUCACUUAGUUAUUUGAUGUAAAUACUAUCAUUGAAUAAGUCUAAGAAACUUUAUUUUUUAUUGAUCUCUUCUCUUUAGUAAUUGCCUCUAUUUCUAUAAUACUCAGCUUUUUCUUGAUUUUGGUUUCUUUCGUAGCUAAUAUAAAAGAAAAUAGUUGGGAGUUCGGUGUGCUUAGAGCAAUUGGCUUAAGUAAAGUGCAAAUAACUAGAGUCUACAUGAUUGAAUCUUGUUCUCUUGUUUUGGCAAGUGGAACCAUAGGCACAAUUAUUGGUUUAGUUGUAGCUGUUACUCUUACCUUACAAGUGCUCAUGUUUACAGAAUUGCCUUUCAGGUUUGUUUUCCCUUAUGAAAUGUUCUUUACAACAUUCUUUUUCGGCCUUUUCAUAGCUGCUGCAGCAUCAUAUACUGCACUCUCAGAGUUCAAAGACAAAGCUAUAUCAAGUAUUGUUAAAGGGUUAAUCUGA